GUGCGGCAAAAUGCAGCCGCCACUCCGCCAAAAAAAUCAGGGUGGUGAAAAAUUAGCGAUGGAUCAGCUCGGCAACUGGAUCAAUUCGACCAGGCGUCCACGCGAAAACCAGGACCGAGGAGGAGCUUGAUCUCCGGGGACGACUCCGGCCUUCGGCGGCGGGUCUUUGCCGUCGCCUCCCUCAGCCAGGGCUCCUCGCAGCCCAGAACGCUGAGACCGACGCUAUGCACGAACCGGAAUCACCAACGGGAUGCAACACUCCUCAGGGCAGCGCUUCGGUCGUAGCGGGAUACCAUGACCACCAAUACCACAAGGAAGAACAAGACGACGGAAAGAAGAACCAUGUGGGUUCCAAAAUCUCGCCCAAGCUCACGCGGUUUCGUCUUCGAGGGCUCCAAGCAAAAGACACAUCCAAGGACCUUGAUGCCUCCCAGAAGUCACCUAGCGACCAGAGGAACACCCUGGAUCGUACAUCGACGGCGGGCGACGCUCGAAGAGCUGCGCCUGCUAGAGACUUUUCCUCAUCUGCAACCUCGUUAUUGCCAUCUGCAAAUUCCUUAUCAUCGUCUGCUACCUCGUUUUCGCCGUCUGCAACAUCAUUUUCAUCGUCUGGUGUAGUGGCCGGCAGUGCUCCAGCCAAGAACUGCGUGGUGGUGGUGUCGGUGAAUCAUGGUGCAUCCGAGGACAGUGACCAUGAGGUCCUGGCGGAGGACUUGGCCGCGGAAGAGGUGGCGACGACCAUGGAAGUGGUGACCAUGGAGGUGGAGACGACGGUUGAGGAAGAAGACGGCGGGCGCUCGGCGGACAGUGGCUCGACACAGGACGACUCCAGUUUCACUUCGGCUACGGAUAGCCAGGCGUCGUCCAAUGACGGACUGACUGUCAAGAGACGCAGGGGCAGGCCCCUGAAGGGCUCCCAGUCCCCCAAGGUGUCGGGGGCGAAGACGAUGGAGUCCGCCGCUUCCUCAAAAGUUCCGGCGACGCGCCGAAGCGUCAGGUUGCGCAGCGGUGACGGCCAGCGCUCCAGCAGUCCCACGCCGGCAGCAGCCAAGAGAGGACGCCGUAGUAGGACACCCAAGGGUCAAGAGCCGGAGCCUGCCAAGCAGACGACCAAGAGGCACCAGCAGGAGACUGCCAAACGGACGGCUAGGGAACCCACCAGGAGACAGCAGCAGGAGGCGGCUAAAGAGGCUACUAGGGUACCAGCUAAAGAGCUGGCCAAGAGACAUCAUCAGCCCGAUGUUGCGAAGGAGACCGCUAAAGAGGUGGCUAGGGAGCCAGCUAAAGAGCCGGCCAAGAGACAGCAUCAGCCCGAUGUCGCGAAGGAGCCCGCUAAAGAGGCUGCUAGAGAGCCGGCUAAGAGACAGCAUCAGCCUGAAAUCGCGAAGGAGACGAUUAAGAGACAGCAUCAGCCGGAGCUCGUGAAGGAGACAGCUAAAGAGACGCCUAAGAGAAAGGAGCCAGCGGUGGUCAAAGAGACACCUAAGAGGGAGGAGCCGGCGGUGGUCAAAGAGACGCCUAAAGAGAUAGCCAAGGUGCCGCAGCCUGAGUCAGCAAAAGAGGUGACUGUGGAGGUACGUCAAGACAUUUCUGAAGACUUAGCUGACAGGCAGCCUGAGGCAACAAGGGAGAUGGAAAUGGUGGUUGUCGAGAAAGCUUCCGGUCAAACAGAUGUGAAGGCGUCCGAAGAGACAGUUAAAGAGACUGCCAAGGAGACGUCUAAGGAGACGGCUCAGGAGACAUCGGAGGAAGCUGUCGAGACGAAGCCUGGAGUUCCACCCAGUAUAGUGAUGACGGAGCCGGUGGAAGAGGAAGUGUGCACUCUUGGUGAGGUUGAGGAGGAGGAGAAGAAAAUCAGUGAAGAGGAGACAAAGGUUGAGGCAACCAAUGCUGGUCAGGUCAUGGAUGUGGUGAUGGAAGAACAGCAAGGAGACCAGAAGGAGGUUGUCAUGAGACUCGAGCCACUGUUGGAUACAGAAAAGCGGCGCGAGGACAGACUCAAGAGCGACUGCUCGGACAGCAGUCCAGAGUCGCUCCCGGCGACCAAGGUUGAAGUCAAAGAAGAAGACGAAGUCGUUGCCGCGACCGAAUCUGGAACAGCCGAGCCGCCGCAGCCCCGAGCCCAGCCCGAGUCCGAGACAGUGUCCGAGGUCGAGGCGCCACCCAAGCUUGAACAACCGGUUUCACCCAAGCCGGAACUUGGUGACGCGUCCGAACCGAAGUUGACUUCACAGCCGACAGAGUCCAAGACAACUUCGAAGCCGGAAGUGGAGCCGACAGCAAAGCCGGUUGCCGUCGUCGAAACGGCCGAGCACACGACCACGGACGAAUCGAAGAAGAUCCGCGAUUCAAAAGUGGGGGAAGAGGGCCCGGAUCUGGAAGCUGAGGAGGUCAGGGCCGUGUCUGCGGAUCACAGGGACCGUCGUUAUUACAGCAGCCCCGAGAAACCGACCGUGAGCCAGGACGAAGCGCCCACCAAAGUCCUGACCCCGAGGUCCGCCCGUCGCAAGUCGCGCUGGGAGGACGCCCCUCCCAACGACGUCUCCGAGCCAGCCGUGGCGGCGCUGGACUUCUCUGACGCGUCAAUGGCGCUGCGGGACGGGCACGCGGAAGGGGCAGGUGCAUCGACGUACGACACCGGUGGCGCGGAGGGUGUCGCCCUCCCGCCCCCUCCCCCUCCGAGGACAACUUCUCCGCAGCGCAAAGAGGGAGCCGUGGACGCGUCUGGACGACCCGAGAAAGUGAAGUCUCGAUGGCGGCGGAGCAGCGAGCUUGAAACUCGUGACGUGACGCCGCCGUCCUCUGCGCCUGUCACUGCACCAUCCAAAACACCCGGACGGGACACGUCGUCCCCUCCUCGCGCCAAGGUUCCCCCCAGCACCAAGGUUUCCAGCCCCAAGGUUUCCAGCCCCAAGGUGGCCAGCCCCAAGGUUUCCAGCCCCAAGGUUUCCAGCCCCAAGGUUUCCAGCCCCAAGGUGUCCAGCCCCAAAGUUGCUGGCGCAAGGUCCACCGACAUGAAGUCCACCGACGCGAGGUCCACUGACGCAAGGUCUAUUGACGCGAGGUCCAUCAACGCGAGGUCCACCGACGCAAGGUCCACCGACGCAAGGUCCACCGACGCAAGGUCCACCGACGCGAGGUCCACCGACGCGAGGUCCACCGACGCGAGGUCCACCGACGCAAAGCCCACCGACAUGAGACCCGCAAGGGCGUACGAUGCAAAGGAGGACACCAAGAGGAUUUCCACGCCAAGCAGGGAGGAGAUUCGGGAGAAGACGCCCCCCUCGACCCCUUCCAGGGAAUCUAGAGAUAGAGAGUCUAGGGAAAGUGGGAGAGGUGGAGAGUCAUCUAGGGAGAAGGGUUCCCCAUCGCGGUCCCUGGCCUACGAGGACAUUGAGGAGAACCUCUACCGGUUCGAAAGGAAGAAGUCCAAAUGCAAGAAGGAGGUGCGGCGCAUGAUCUGCGACUGCUCCCUGACCAAGGACGAGAGAGACCGUGGCAUCAUGGGCUGCGAGGAGGACUGCCUCAACCGCCUCCUCAUGAUCGAGUGUGGAUCGCGAUGCCCAAACGGGGACAGCUGCAGCAACCGGAGGUUCCAGAAGAAGAGCUACAUCAAGGUGGAGAAGUUUUUGACGGAGAAGAAAGGCUGGGGACUUCGCACCGUGGAGACUCUUGCUUCGGGAGCCUUUGUGAUAGAGUAUGUGGGGGAGGUGCUGACGCCCGAGGACUUCCGCAAGCGGGUGAAGCAGUACGCCAGGGACAACCACCAGCACUACUACUUCAUGGCCCUCCGGUCGGACGAGAUCAUCGACGCCACCCAGAAGGGAAACGUGUCCCGCUUCAUCAACCACUCGUGCGACCCAAACUGCGAGACUCAGAAGUGGACCGUCAACGGGGAGCUCAGGAUCGGCUUUUUCACGAGGCGCCCCCUUAGGGCGGGUGAAGAGCUCACCUUCGAUUACCAGUUCCAGCGAUACGGGAAAGAGGCGCAGAAGUGCUACUGUGAGUCGAGCAAGUGCCGCGGUUUCAUCGGCGAGGACAACAAGAUGUCUCUCAAGUCGGGCCGGGCUCUCGCCCCGAAGCGAGUGAGCAACAGCAGCAGCAGGAGGGCUGAGGAGCGCAAGAGGGACAUCGUCGAGGAUCUGGCGAUGGAAGAGGAGAUUGAGAGGCUUGGCGGAGGCCUGAGGAACCGCAAGCACACCCUCCUCCUCGCCCGGCUCAUGGUCAGGGGCGAGGACAUCGAAACCCGCAAGCGGCUGCUCAACAUCAUCACGAGCACCACGGAGACGGCGUGCCUGCGUCUGUUCCUGGACUACCACGGACUUUCUCUGCUCUGGAGCUGGAUGGUCGACAUUCCGGACAACGAGCUUACACUCAAAGCUGAGAUCCUGACGGUGCUGCGCCGGCUGCCGAUCCCGAACAAGACGAUGGUGAAGGACAGCAAGGUGAUGUCGGUGGUGCACCGGUGGGCGUCCCAGCUGGCCGAGGCGCGGGAGCGCCCCAGGGAGUGCGCUGGGGAGGAGACCCCACCCCCGCCCAAGAAGCAGCGCGGCAAGGGAGGCGCCAACGACGACUCCAACAACGGCAGCAGCAGUGGCGCCGCCUCGGAGGAGGCCGCGGGUGGAGGGGCGUCGGACAGCGACGCCUCCGAGAGCUCCAACGGGUGCACGACUCCGGCGUCGGGUGCGUCCCGCCGUUCCCUGACUGGUGCCGUGGUCUGCUCUCCCGACUCGACCAACCCCGUAGAGAAUGGGGACUCCGCCGAGCGACCCAAGGGGCCGGCGGACGACGGGGGCAAGGUGGUCAAGGAACUGUCACAGCUGGCGUCCACCCUGCUGGACUCCUGGAGCGAGCUCAAGGAGGUGUUCCGGAUCCCACGCCUGGAGCAGCAGAAGCGGCGGGAGGACGAACGCGAGGCCGACCGGAAGGAGCGCGAGCACAACCGCCAGCAGCGUAGCCGAGAGUCAUCCUCCUCCGCCGCCUCCGGCCGGGAUUCGCGCCGCAGGGGCUCUCCGCCGUCGAGCGGACGCGACCGCAGGGACCAUCGCGACUACGACCGUUCAUCCGACCGCCGCCGCUACUCGGCGUCGCCCGAACACCGGGACGACAAGAAGUCCUACCAGAGGAGCUCCGACAGCCGCAGCUCCCGCUCUGGCGAUCCCGCCCCUUCCUCGUCGUCCAAGCCCAGAAAUUCGUACCCACGCCGUGAAUUAGGGGCGUCUCAAAAGGGACUUAGCGGCAGUCCUGCAAGGACCCUGCUGCCGACGCCACCCCGUCUGUCAAAGGAAGAACGGCGCCAACUCUUUGCCCUCGAAGUUCAACAGCGGGACCAGGAGGAGGCGCUGCGGCGGCAGUACCUCGCGCCGCCUGCCAACGGCGCCAACCCGGCUCCGCCCAUGCCCGGCGCGUCUUUCCUCCCGCCCCCGGGGAUGGCGCAGGCCCCGCCUCCUGGUGUGGUGCCCGCCCUGGUCGCCAGCGGGCCGCCCCCGCAGCAGAAUCCACUGUUCGUCUACGAUCCGGCUACGGCCGCGGCUGUGGCUGCGGCCAUGUACGGAGCGCAGCCGCCGCCGGGGCCGGCCUACUACGACCCGAGGGCGGGCAUGCCGCCGCAGGAGUACGUCAUGCAGCACAACACAAUGCUGGGAGGCAUUCCACCCCAGCAGCAGCCGCAGCCGCCCCACCAGGGCAUGCCCAUGGGUGCCCCCCUUCUGACCGCGGGGGCCAUGCUGCCGGGGCAGCAGCAGAUGGGCCCCAUGGGGACGCUGGGGCCCCCACUGCCCAUGGACGAGGGCUCCAACCAGCUGCCACCCCAACACGCCGCCAUCAACUACCAGGCUCUGUCGGCGGCCGUGGCGGCGGUGUCGAACCUGCAGCCGCGCGUUCCGAGUCCUGCGGCGCCUCCUCCGGAGGCGAGCAUCUUCCUGACGGACCCGAUGCAGAUCCCGCUGCCACCGUCCCUGUCUCCGGACACCGGGGAGGUGACGCCGCAGAACCCAGACCCGCUGUCGUCCCCGCCGCCCUUCGAGGAGGAGGAGGCCAUUGCCGUCGCACAGGGCGGAUUCCCGGACGCGAGUUCGGCCGAAGCGAGGGGAGCGCCCACCCAGCGUGCCCCUCUGGAGUACGAGCAGAUCCCCAGGGUCGCCCCUUCGCCCGUCCAGGAGCAGACGCAGCAAGUGGUCUACCCACCUGCCCAGCACACGCCGCCCACGUCCAUGCCGUACGCACCUCCCGGCGCCAUGGUUGCGGCUACGGCUGCGCCAGUUCCCGCGGGACUGUUCCAAGCCAAUCCGCAGCCCAUGGGCCCUUACGGCCCGGGCUACGUGGCGGCUGGACCCGGUCAGCCAAUGGGAGCCGUUCAGGGCAUGGCUCAGGCGCUGCCCCAGGGAAUGCCCCAGGUCUACUACCUGCCACCCAUUCCUGCUCAUGCGAUCCCAGCUGAACAGCCUGUGCCGGUGCAGACGAGGGAGCCAGCGCCGUCGGGCCGUCUGGCGAGUCCCCCUCCGCAGCAGGAGACAGCGCCACCCAGGAAGAGCUCGAGACUGCCGCCCCACUGGAAGACAGCCAAGGACGAGGAAGGGAACCUCUACUACUAUCACGCCCUCACCCGGGAAACUCAGUGGGACCCCCCUGCCUGGGACGAGGAGGAUCAGGACAUGGAUCUAGGGACGCCCACGUACGACGAACCAAAGGUGAACAGUACUGUGGGCAGCAUGAGCAUGAAAGUAAAGAAAACGACGAGCAAGAAGAAGACUCUGACCGCGGCCGCCGACACCUCGGAGGUGGCCAAAAAGAUCAAGGAGCUGUUCCGAUCCAAGAUCUCCUCCCACAUCGUGCACUGCCUCAAUCCGUUCCGCAAGCCGGACUGCAAGCUGGGCCGAAUCCAGAGUACGGAAGACUUCAAGCACCUCGCCCGAAAGCUGACGCACUUUGUGAUGGCCAAAGAGUUGAAGCACUGCAAGAACGUGGAAGACCUCGAGUGCAACGACAAUGUCAAGCACAAGGCCAAGGAGUUUGUGCACAAGUACAUGGCCAAGUACGGCCCGUUGUUCUACAAGAAGGACAAGGCGGUCUCGCCCAAGGACGAGUGACAACGCACGUCGCCACUGAACGCCGCCAUUUCAGCGGCACCAGACAUUCAUUGUGCAGGACAAUGCGCACCCACAUGUCGACCAGACCGCUGCAACGCAGGGGCGCACUCUUCGAUCCGCGCGACCUAGCCACGCCGUCAACACACAACGGAUGCAUGCGGGCGCACGCCAGCCACGGGUCCCAACUGAGCUGUGGGUGAACUGAACACGGACGGAUAGAUGCCAGCCGAGUACGGUGGCUGUGGAGGGAGUUUUCCCGCGACCAUGCAUCCGUCGCAAGCGGAUACGUCCCGACCAUGUUGCUACGCGAGCCAUUCGUGUGGGCACGCAUCGGCUACGGAUGGAUAGACACCAACUGCAUUCGGUGGCUUUGAAGCGAGCAGUUCUGCGACCACAUAUCUGUCGUGUACAGAUACGUCGACGGAUACCUGCUACGUGCGACGGCCUCGGAAAGAGAGGUCUGGCGACCGUGUGUUUGUCGCGGGCGGAAACGUUGGGAGCCAGUCGCAUAGCCACACGUCGGUUACGAACGGAUACGGCUACGUUUUGGCCACAGGAGCGUUUGGAACAAGGUUACCCCCGCUCCGUCGGUGGGGCUGUGACUGCGGUUCGCUUCAGACCAGUUAUUCUCGGCAUCAUAUUCACAACGUUCGUGUUGAUUCUUACUGCCGCGCAUUCAUUUCAAAGUGUACGGGAAUUAUUUUUUCGUCUGUCCCCUCGUCAGUUUUACGCGCACCGAAAAAGCCGCCACCCCAGCUUUCGUGGUUCGUUUUCUCGACGUCUACGGGUCGACUCGUCGUUGUCGUGAGCAAGGGUUGCAAGUCGACGCGAUAUGUGGCGGCAUUCUUCGUGGAACGACGUUGGUCGUUCGUGUCGACGAACCGAUGACGCCAGCGUGGUUCUCUCUCAUUCUGUAAUUAUAGUUCAUCAGACUCGCGACGCGCAUUGCACGCAGCUAUCGCAGGAAGCGUGCCGCUGCGUCCGACAUUUGUACAGACAUAUUCUCGGUUGUACCGUCGCACCCAACGCUGCGAUUAGGCUUUUUUUUUUCUUUUCCUCUGUCUUCCUUCUUUUUUACGGUCUGCGUUUAGUAAUUAAUGUAAAUACACCUGUGCAUGUCAAGAUCAUGAAACAUUUCUUUUUGUUAAUAAUGCACGGGGAAGGAUAACUCUGAGGACGAAGGUGCAAACUCGAGCCAUUUGGAAUCGCGUCGCCGACAAACGAAGCUUUCGACAGGGGGACGCUUUUCUUUCUAUGAAAGCAUCGUCAAAUCAUUGUGUUGUCUUCGGUGUUUUCCUUGUUUAGUGUUGUCUGUAGUCGCCGUAACGGUGACUGGUGGGGGUUGUCGCCGACGGUGCGUGGGUGGCCGCGUGCCAGCCCCCGAUGGUUGUAAAUAGUGGACCCGACACGGUCGGAUGAAUUGUAAAGUCGGCAUUACCCUUAGGGGCUCACCAGUGAGUCUGUAAUAAAUUUUCAAUUUAUUUCAUA